AUGUCCAGAAUAGUGAAACAGAAAGCCUUCUUAAAUAAAAUCAGUGCAACAACUGUGAAGCCUCAAGUUGUUUUGGAUCCUUCAAAGUAUAGUGCACUAAACUUGAAAUUCCAGCAGCAAAAUUUCAAUGGUCAUAUGGGUGCUCGUAAAUUCUGGCACGAAUUCCUACCUACACUACAGUUUUACAACCCUACUUUGCCAAUCAAUGUUACCAGAAUCAAGAACGAGGACAAAAAAGUGGAUAUUCCAUGUGUAUUACAGGUUACUGGUCCUGAUGGCAAUGUACUUGCUGAGGUCGGUAUGAAAGACAAACAUUCUUCUGAAAUUAUGGAUGAACUUCUACAAAAAGUAGAGCACACAAAGGUCCCUAGCGAUCAAAUAAUAAAGGUUUAA